UUUAGAGGGCGAACCCAAGGAUUUGGAAUAACUGGGAGUAAACUGGAAGCAAGCAGCAACAAAAUGAAGCAGCACCAGCAAAUGAGACAGACACGGUAGAGAAAAAGAAAUGUGAAAGCUAGUGUGCAGAAUGCAUUUUUAAUACAGAAAGCUUCCUACCUGGAGAGUGUAUCCCAGUAUUUGGAGACACAGAAUCCAGAAACUGUCUUCAGUCAUCUGCUAGGUGUCUUCAAAGUACAGAUGAAGAAGCAACUUAAAAGGGACUGGUGUUAAUACGCCAAGAAAAAGAAUGGAAGAAAAAUUGCACAGCAAUUCAACCAUUGUCAAUGGUACAACCCCUAACCAUAAGCAUUUAGAAGGUCAUAGCCUUUGGGAAGUAAUUACCAUUGCUACAGUGACGGCCAUUUUAAGCUUAAUAACUAUAGUGGGAAAUGUUCUUGUGAUGAUAUCCUUCAAAGUCAACAGCCAGCUCAAGACGGUGAACAAUUACUAUUUACUCAGUCUUGCAUGUGCAGACCUUAUCAUUGGAAUAUUUUCUAUGAAUCUUUAUACAUCCUACAUAUUAAUAGGGUACUGGUCUCUUGGAAGUCUAGCAUGUGACUUGUGGCUAGCCCUGGAUUAUGUAGCUAGCAAUGCAUCAGUAAUGAAUUUACUGGUUAUCAGCUUCGACCGAUAUUUUUCUAUUACACGGCCAUUAACCUACAGGGCUAAACGCACACCGAAAAGGGCUGGCGUCAUGAUUGGCCUAGCUUGGCUAAUUUCAUUUAUCCUGUGGGCACCAGUCAUCUUAUGUUGGCAGUAUUUCGUUGGGGAACGAACUGUCCCACCUGGAGAAUGCCAGAUUCAAUUUUUGUAUGAACCCAUCAUCACCUUUGGUACUGCGAUUGCUGCUUUCUAUAUCCCAGUUUCCGUGAUGACUAUUUUGUAUUGCCGUAUUUAUAGAGAGACAGAGAAACGGACCAAGGAUCUGGCCGAACUUCAAGGAUCCAGUUCUGUGGCUGAGUUCGAAAUGAUAAAGCCUCAGAAAGCUCUGCUAAAGUCCUGCUUUAGCUGCAAGCAACAAAAUUUAGCCAAAAGGGAGAGGUGUCAGGCUUCAUGGUCUUCAUCCAGCCGAAGUACUUCUGCAACAGCAAAGGCAUGUCAGAUUCAAAAUACUUGUCAUGACUGGUCUAAGGUGGACCAGCUAACCACUUGCAGCAGCUAUGCAUCCUCAGAAGAGGAGGAUAAACGUGCCUCUGACCCCGUCUUUCAAGUAGCUUAUAAGUCUCCAGUAAAGAGCAAGGAUGAUGAACAUAAAGAGGAGAAAAAGGAAGCCUUUAUCAAAGACCAUCCUGGGGAAAAUGACUAUGAGACUCCAAAAUAUUUUCUAACCCCAACCAAAGGCCACGUUAAAAAAAGUAGUAAAUGUAUAGCUUAUAAGUUCCGAUUGGUGGUUAAAGCUGAUGGUGCCCCAGAAACUAACAAUGGUUGCCGAAAAGUAAAGAUCACUCCUUGUUCUGCCACUUUAUCUAAGGACACGACUUCCAUCAAAAACAUGGAUCCAAAUAUAAACAAUCAAAUUACUAAAAGGAAAAGAAUGGUCCUUAUAAAGGAGCGCAAAGCAGCCCAGACUUUAAGUGCCAUUCUUCUAGCUUUCAUAAUCACUUGGACACCCUACAAUAUCAUGGUUUUGGUCUCCACAUUCUGCUCAGAUUGCAUUCCUCCAACGCUGUGGCACCUUGGCUACUGGCUGUGCUAUGUGAAUAGUACUGUUAACCCAAUCUGCUAUGCUCUCUGUAACAAAACUUUCAGAAAGACAUUUAAGUUGUUGCUGUUCUGUCAGUGGAAGAAGAAAAAAAUCGAAGAAAAAUUAUACUGGCAGGGUAAUACUAAACUGCCUUAAUUUAAAGUGUUUUGGGGAGGGAAACAGACCUUGGCAAACACUGU